AUGUCUUCCAUUGCUUCCGCUGACUCCUUCCACUUUUCCAUUCAAGAUGGCGACCAAGUCUUUGAAUCAGCUGCAGAAUACCUCUCUGCUGCUUGUAUUGCGCAAUGGCUACAAAAAAGUCCAACGGCCAAGGCUACCUUGUUUAUGGAUGACGGUGACCAAAUCGAUGUACCUGUUUAUACCCUUCGACGACGAAAUGCCGUGGUUGCCGACUUGCCUGAAGCUCCUUCUUUGCCCAUGACUGCAUAA